UCCGGAUACAGAGUUUGCAAGUUAUCCGGAUGCCGUUACUCGACCGCCGCACUGGCUAUAGCGCCAGUGUGUCGUGCGUGUAUUGACGUUGGCGCAUGCGAUGUCUCCUUCCUCGUUCGAGUAUCCGCAACUGAUCGUUCCUAUCAUCAAGAUCGUGUGUCAGGUGCUGUCUUCGUGCGGGGCGCUGUUCAUGCUGCUGUCUCUGCGCAACAGCCCGACGAUCUCAUCCAAGAUCCUGUGCUUCACCGCGGUCUCCGACUUCAUCUUCUCCACGACGGGUGCGUUGCACACUGUCGCGCGUGUGCUGGACGUGUCCAACUGGGCCAUCGACGUCUUCCUCACCGCGCCGCACUGGGGGUUUGAGAUCUCGUCGUUUCUGUGGACCGCCGUGCUCGUCGUGUACAUCUUGUCUCGGCAAGCCAACCACUCGUCGUUCCAGCUCAUGUACGCGCACGUCGGCGUAUGGACGUGCGUGAUCCUGUACAUCGGUCUGGAAUCGUACGCGUUGCUUAGCCACGAGCCCGAUGUCACGAAACUCGCGCGCAUGCUGUGGGACGCGUUCGCGCUGGCGACGCUGGCGUCCGUGUCGUACGGGCUGUGUGCAGUACGCGCGCACAAACUGCGCACGGGCCAGCUAGGCCAGUCCGUGAUCCUCGCCAAGUUGGUCGGGUACAUGCUGCUCUUUGUCGCGUGCGUCACGCCCAACAUCACGAACGACAUGCUAUCGCUGGCAUUGACCACGUCAUCGUCUGACAACGGCGCGUCAUCCAAUGGCGAUCUAUUUAGCCAUAUCGCGAGUCUUCUCUUUGCACUGUGGCCUCUGGGUACAUCGGUGGUGUUUUCCAGCCGGUUGCCGUGGUGCUCUUCGAUCGCCAAGCACAACCAGAACCAACACAACCAGAACCACCAUCAGACAUCGUCCACUCCGUCGCAAACUUAUCAACACCGUCGCAUGCUGGAGGCUCAUUUUGGCUUACCUAGCACCCAUCAUCGCAGCCAUCAUCAUCCCCUCCCACCCCCCCAAGAGCUCGUGGGGCUCGAAAUCGGAGCGCAGAUCGGCCAAGGUCUCGCCGUCGUAUACCGCGGCACAUGGCGCGGCGCCGUGGUCGCGGUCAAGAUGAAGACUCUAUUCGUAGACGACGAAGCGCUGGCAGAUGUGGCCUUCGUAGCCGAGUGCAACCACGAGAUCCAGGAAGAGGCGCUGGUGAUGAAGCGGCUAACGCACCCAAACAUUGUGCUGUUCAUGGAAGCGGGUUUUUACCGCGGAUCUAUCUGCAUUGUGAGCGAGUAUUGCGCCCGGGGAUCGCUGCGGGACGUGCUGCGGUCGCCGCUGCUGUGGCCUAUGAAGAUUCGGCUCGCAUUGGGGCUCGCAUAUGGGCUACAGUACCUCCACAACUCGCGGAUGAUCCAUCGAGAUCUCAAGAGUCCAAAUAUACUGGUGGAUGAGACGUGGCACGCCAAGAUCGCCGACUUUGGCACGCUCCGACUCGCGGAAAUUGUGCGCAGCCAAAACCCGCAGAUCAAGUCGGUAGAAAUGACGGGGUUGGUCGGUACCACGCGGUGGAUGGCGCCAGAGGUGAUUCAAAGCAAGAAGAACUACACGGAAAAGAUCGACAUUUACUCGCUGGGGGUGAUUCUAUGGGAGAUGAUCGACGGCAAGGAGCUCCCGUACGAGCAGUACCGGUGGAACCAUGAGAUCGAAAAAGCGAUUGUAGAUGGAAAAAGGCCGCCGAUCCCCGCGCACGCGUGCCCGCCGCGGUGGAAGGUGCUGAUCCAGCUGUGUUGGCAUGUCGAACCUACCGAGCGGCCAUCCGUGGGCGAGCUCAUUAGGUCCCUACAGAGACUGGCCACGGAAGAUAUCAAGGAUAUCCGCCAUCAUAACGUGCCGUUUGUGGGGAAUUUGCAGCAAAUGGACUGCGAGUAUAUACUCAAGUACACCCGGUGCGAUGUCGACUAUGAUAACCACCAAGUGGGGUAUGACACGAGUCGACACAUGGGCGGUGGCAGCAGCAGUGUAAAUACGAUUGCGCUCUUGGAAGAUACUGGCAGCCUCGCGAGCCAGUCGACGAUCUACACCAUGUAGUUAGUAGGUCGUAGUUAGUUGAUAGUAUUAAUUAUUCCGCGAG